AUAACAAAAACACUAGGAGCUUCUUUCUAAAAUUGCAGCUUAUUUUAACUACUUUAGCACCCGCGAAAAAACCGUUGGAAAUCGUUGCUUGGUAGGAAAAGCUGACAGCAAAGGUUGUGAGAGAGAGAGACACACAGAUAUCAGUUAGAGGAUUGGUGUCUGUGAUCAAGGACAGGUAGGUAUCAUUUUGUGUCUCGUAGAGAGAAGAAUGUGUAAAAGAAAAAAUACCCACUUGUCUUUCGAUUUCUUUCCAAACCAAAACAUUUUCUUUCAAAAAGAAAUUUUGUUUUGAUUUGGUUUGGUUUCAUGUGGGUUUGAUUUUCAAGGAGGUUUUGUUGCGUAAUAUUUGUCAAUAGGACGAACAAACACAAGAGUUGAAAAUCUUCCUAUAGGCAGCAGCAAUGGACCCUUCUCCCACAACAAAAUCCAAGAGGCUCUAUCAACUUUGGAAGGGUAACAAUAAAUUCCUCUGUGGUGGGAGAGCAGUCUUCGGUCCUGAUGCAGGAUCUCUAUUUUUGACAACAUUUUUAAUUGGAGGUCCUGCAACAGCAUUCUGCAUAAAGAUGCUGCUGCUGUUAGUCAGAAAAGAUGAUCCCUGCUACGACAUUCCAGUUCUAGUUGGGGGAUUGGUCCUCGCUAUUAUGGACUUCGUAUUUCUCUUCAUGACAUCAGGUAGAGAUCCAGGAAUAAUCCCUAGGAACUGCCAGCCACCUGAAUCAGAUGAAUCGGUUGGCAUCGCUUCCCAAUCUAUGGAGUGGGUUAAUAACAAAAUUACAGACGUGAAAUUGCCUCGUACGAAGGAUCUAAUUGUUAAUGGCCACAGUAUUAAAGUGAAGUUCUGCGACACUUGUCUGUUAUAUCGUCCGCCACGAGCUUCACAUUGCUCCAUCUGCAACAAUUGUAUUCAGAAGUUUGAUCAUCAUUGUCCAUGGGUGGGUCAGUGCAUUGGACGGCGCAACUAUCCAUAUUUCAUAGGCUUUAUAACCUCAUCAACCACUUUGUGCAUAUAUGUGUUUGCAUUUUCUUGGUUUAAUGUUCUCCGGCAACAUGGAACUUUGUGGAGUGCUAUGUCGAAUGACGUUCUCUCUGUUGUUCUCAUUGCAUACUGCUUCAUAGCAUUCUGGUUUGUUGGUGGGCUAACGCUUUUCCACGUCUACCUGAUUAGCACGAACCAGACCACUUACGAAAAUUUCCGGUACCGCUAUGAUAAGAAGGAAAACCCCUUCAACAGAGGGAUCAUAAAGAACUUUAAACAAGUGUUCUUCUCGAAGAUCCCAGUUUCAGCAAUCAAUUUCCGAGAAUGGGUGGCAGAAGAUGAUGAUUCUAUAAAGGGUGGUUCGGACAUAAAUGGAAACUUCGUUGGGAAAGGGAAAUUCGACAUAGAAAUGGGAGGUAAAUUUGGCAAGGAUGGAGCCAUGCAUCUCCCUAGUAUCUUGCAGAAUCUGGAUUAUGGCAGUCUUGAUGAUAGUUUAAAGAAAAAAGGAGAAGAAAAACCUGCAUUUGACCCCUUUUUAUUCCCUGCCGAUCAAGAACAACCAAAUUCACCGCAGAUCUCCAUCGAUAAAAGCAAUCCUGUGGGAGAUAACAGGAAACAACAGCUUUCAUGAUAGCCAGACAUUCAUCCAAGGUCCGAAACAGCACGUCGCCCUCUUGUAGCAGUUGAUAGAUUAAUGAGCUUGAAUUCAGUGAUGGUAGAAGGUAAAAAAGCUUUUUGAUUUAUCAAAUGCUGUAAAGAAACAACGAAGUGAACAUUUUUUUGUUGAAUUGAAUCAUUAUCCAUUCCUUUGUACAAAAACAAAAUGUUAAAAAGGAGGCAUUCUCGGCAA